AUGGCUCAUGAUCCUCGAUACACCCUGAACCCAUGGGUUUGGAUCCUCACUCUACUGGCCACGGCGGCCCUGUGUCUCCGCCUAUGGUGCCGAAAAUUCCGCCACCGCGGUCUCUGGUGGGACGACUACAUCUUCGUCGUAUCAUGGGCCCUCCUUUUUUCCGCCUCGGCGGUCUUCACUGCCGACUUAAACGCCGGUAUGGGCCGCCUCGACUACGAAAAGCAAGAUGUUCACAUCCUCUUCCGGACGUGUUUCGACCUGAACACGCUCUGCUCAGCCUUGUCCAAGACUGCCUUCGCGGUGACGCUGCUCCGGCUCGUGGAGGCCAGCUGGCAGAAGCGCAUGAUCUGGUUCAUCAUCGUCACCAUCAGCUUGCUCAACGUCGCCAACGCAAUCGUGUGGUGGGCUUCGGUGUGCGGUAGACCCAGGUCCCUUGCUGCGCUGCCGGGGCAUUGCCUUAGCCAGGCGGCGUUUGGGUUGCUUUCUACUGCUUGUGGAGCGUACGGAGCCCUGAUCGACUUCAUCCUCGCCUUACUACCCUGGGGUUACGUCUGGAAACUCCGGACAUACAGGCGUGAGCGACUGGCAAUCAGUGUAGCAAUGUCUCUCGGAGUGGUUGCCGGCGUGACAGCUAUCGCUCGAAUUGCGUACUCAGUCGCCAUGGAAAGUAGCGGAACCGACUACGAAAUCUCAGCUGGCCGUAUCGAAUAUUCCUAUCAGACGUGUGUCAUAUUCGUCUUCCUCCAGGCCGAGCCGGCCGUGACCAUCAUCGCAGCAACCAUUCCCGUCAUCCGAGUCUUGGUUCGCGACGCUAUCUCUGCUCCCGAUGACGAGUGGGAAGACACAACGAUGCAGGGGCUUAAAGAAACAUCGGGAAAUGCCUCUGGUUUGUUAUCGGCGGCGACUCGAGAUGUAGAGGAGAUGGGGUCGUUUCACGUUCCCAAAAGCGCACCGUAG